AUGACUACCGACAAGUACUCAAUUAUCUUACCAACUUAUAAUGAAAGAAAGAACUUACCUAUCUUGAUCUAUUUAUUAUCCAAAACUUUUGAACAACAGAAGAUAAACUGGGAAGUUAUUAUUGUUGACGAUAACUCUCCAGAUGGUACUCAAGAAGUUGCCCACAAAUUGAUUGACAUAUUUGGAAAAGACCAUAUCCAAUUAAGAGCCAGAGCAGGUAAAUUAGGGUUAGGUACUGCCUACGUUCAUGGUUUACAAUUUGUUACUGGUAAUUUUGUUAUAAUAAUGGAUGCUGAUUUCUCUCAUCAUCCUGAAGCUAUUCCAGAAUUAAUUGCUAAACAAAAGACUGAAGAUUUUGAUAUUGUUACCGGUACUAGAUAUGCUGGUGAUGGUGGUGUCUAUGGUUGGGAUUUAAAAAGAAAAUUAGUUUCAAGAGGUGCCAACUUUUUAGCUGCUACUGUUUUAAGACCUAAUGUAUCUGAUUUAACUGGUUCUUUCAGAUUAUAUAAGAAGGAUGUCUUAACCAAGAUCAUCGAGGUUACUAAAUCCAAGGGUUAUGUCUUCCAAAUGGAAAUGAUGGUAAGGGCUAGAUCAUUAGGAUUCAAGAUUGGUGAAGUUCCAAUCAAUUUCGUUGAUAGAUUAUAUGGUGAAUCCAAAUUAGGUGGUGAUGAAAUCGUUGGUUAUUUAAAAGGUGUUUGGACUUUAUUUACCAGUGUUUAA